AUGGCGGACCAGAUGGCAUUUCUCCUUUUUGGAGACCAGUCCCUCGACACACACGGCUUUUUGGCCGACUUCUUCAGACUAGGAAACCCGAGCGUUCUAUCGAAGGCAUUUCUCCAACAUGCCGGCGACGCAUUGCGAGGAGAGAUCGAUCAAUUACCGCGACUAGAACGGAAGAAGAUCCCGAUUUUCAGAACACUGCAGCAACUCAACGAGAGAUAUCACUCCCAGGCUAUUAAGAGCCCGGGUAUUGACAGUGCUUUGUUGUGUAUAGCACAGCUAGCCCACUAUAUCGAUCGAUCCGAGAAGGAACACGAAGAUGUUACGAAAUCCGAGAACACAUACCUUUCCGGUCUCUGUACCGGAUUGUUCGCAGCGACUGCGAUUGCCUCGAGCCCAUCGCUGUCUUCGCUCGUGCCUAUUGCCGUUCAAGUCGUCUUGAUGGCAUACAGAGUUGGUUCCCACGUGGCCUCCCUCGCAGAACGGCUGAGCCCUUCGAUUGAGAAAUCUGAGAGCUGGACAUACGUUGUCCCUGGAGCCAAAGAAGCUGAGGCCAAAUCAAUUCUCGCCGAAUUCCACAAGUCAGAGGGAAUCUCGCAGGCCGCCCAGGCCUAUGUCAGUGCUGUGUCCGCCAGCAAUAUCGCGGUUUCUGGCACUCCAGCCACGUUGAAGUCUCUUUUCAGCAAGAACUUGUUUGACUCGAGACCAACGGCCAUUCCUGUGUACGGGCCAUACCAUGCCGCCCACCUUCACUCGUCAGCUGAUUUGGAGAAAAUCCUCCGACUGAACGACGAAGUCGUCAGUGCUGCUCUUGCGGACUCGAAGCCACGAAGCGAGAUCAUGUCUUGCGUGACUGGCACCGCCUUCACAGAGACCGACACCAAGUCGCUUCUCAAGGCUAUUGUUCACGAGAUUUUGAACGAGCCACUCUUGUUCCACAAAGCACUGAAGGGCAGUCUGAAGAAUGCGCAACAGUUUCAAGGAUCUAGAGUCCUUGUCAUCCCAUAUGGACCUACACAGGCUGCAAGCACGCUGGCCAAUCUGCUCAAGGCACAGACAAAGCUGGAUGUCGUGCUUCGAUCACCACCUCAGGUGUCGCAGGCGAGCAGUGUCUCAAGCAUCGGAAACCAUGGUUCGUCUGGAAACUGCAAGCUUGCCAUCGUCGGCAUGGCAGGCCGAUUUCCCGAUGCUGCCAGCCACGAAAAGCUCUGGGAGCUUCUCGAGAAGGGCAUUGAUGCUCAUCGGGUUGUGCCGGCAGACCGUUUCCCGGCAGAGACUCAUGUCGACCCUACUGGUAAGGCGAUAAACACCAGUCACACACCUUACGGUUGCUGGAUUGAGAACCCUGGUCUGUUCGACCCCAGGUUCUUCAACAUGUCUCCGCGUGAAGCUUUCCAGACCGACCCCAUGCAGCGCAUGGCUUUGACCACUGCAUAUGAGGCUCUCGAGAUGUCUGGGUACGUGCCCAACCGGACGCCGUCGACCAGAUUAGAUCGCAUCGGAACGUUCUACGGUCAGACUUCCGAUGAUUGGCGUGAGAUUAACGCCGCCCAGGAGGUGGACACUUACUACAUCACCGGUGGUGUCCGCGCCUUUGGCCCUGGUCGCAUCAACUACCACUUCGGUUUCAGCGGUCCUAGUUUGAACAUCGAUACUGCCUGCUCCUCUAGUGCGGCUGCUCUACAAGUUGCUUGUACGUCACUGCGAGCAAAGGAGUGCGAUACUGCCAUCGUCGGUGGUCUGUCGUGCAUGACCAACUCGGAUAUUUUCUCCGGUUUGAGUCGUGGCCAGUUCCUUUCGAAGAAGGGAAACUGCAAUACUUUCGACAAUGAUGCCGAUGGCUACUGCCGUGCCGAUGCUUGCGCGUCAGUCAUUGUCAAGCGUCUUGAUGAUGCCUUGGCGGACAAGGACAGAAUCCUCGCUGUUGUGCUUGGCACUCAGACAAACCACUCAGCGGAUGCGAUUUCCAUCACUCAUCCCCACGGACCUACUCAGUCUAUCCUAUCCUCCUCCAUUCUGGAUGAAGCUGGAGUUGACCCAUUGGAUGUCGAUUAUGUCGAGAUGCACGGUACUGGCACCCAGGCUGGUGACGGGACUGAGAUGGUGUCUGUGACUAAUGUAUUUGCCCCGGCAAACCGCCACAGGCCGGCUGAUCGUCCUCUCUACCUGGGAGCGGUCAAGUCAAACAUUGGACACGGUGAGGCGGCAUCUGGUAUCACUGCCCUGUCCAAGGUGCUCUUGAUGAUGCAGAAGAAUGCGAUCCCACCACAUGUGGGAAUCAAGGGCGAGAUGAACAAGACAUUCCCCAAGGAUUUGGGUGACAGAGGUGUGAACAUUGCAUUCCACCAGACUCCUUUCCAGCGCAAGGACGGAAAGCCUCGCCGAAUUUUCGUGAACAACUUCAGUGCCGCAGGUGGCAACACUGGCAUUCUCCUCGAAGAUGGCCCUCGCUACAAGCCAGCAGCUGCAGACCCCCGCAGUGUCCACGUUGUUACCAUUACUGCAAAGUCAAAGUCCGCAAUGAUUCGUAACGCCGAGAACCUCGUGCAAUGGAUGGAGAAGAACCCUUCGACUCCCCUGUGCGAUGUGGCAUACACCACGACUGCCCGCAAGAUCCAGCACUACUGGCGUAUGAACGUUGCUGCAAGCGACCUCUUCGAGGCUGCUCAGGCCAUCAAGGAACGCCUCAAGUCUAACUUCGUUCCUGUUUCACCCGAGCAACCCAAGGUUGCUUUUAUGUUUACCGGCCAAGGGUCUCACUAUGCCGGCCUUGGGAAGGAGCUUUAUGCCCACUACGAAAUCUUCAGGACAGCCAUCAAUGAGUACGACCAACUCGCCCAGAUCCAUGGCUUCCCGUCAUUCUUGCCUCUCAUUGAUGGUAGCGAGCCUGAGGUCCAAAAGCUGUCUCCAGUCGUUGUUCAGCUCGGCCUUUGCUCCUUCGAGAUGGCUCUGGCCAAGCUCUGGGCUGCAUGGGGUAUCCAGCCUGGUGUUGUUCUUGGACACAGCCUCGGCGAGUAUGCAGCGCUCAAUGUUGCUGGGGUCCUUUCAGCAAGUGAUACCAUAUAUCUUGUUGGUGCGCGUGCUCAGCUCCUGGUUGAGAAAUGUACUGCUGGUACCCACGCAAUGUUGGCUGUCCAAGGUUCUGUCGAGACUGUUACGGAGGCUCUGGGUGCUCGUGCCACCACCACCAACGUCGCUUGCAUCAACGGCCCACGUGAGACUGUUCUUAGCGGUACUUCUCACGAGGUUGCUGAGAUUGCCGAACAACUCGGCGGAGCCGGUUUCAAGUGCACUCAGCUCAAGGUUCCGUUUGCCUUCCAUUCCGCUCAGGUCGAGCCCAUUCUCGAUGAGUUCGAGGAUUUGGCCCGCUCUGUCAGGUUUGAAACUCCCAAAGUCCCAAUCAUUUCGCCGCUUCUUGGAAAGCUUGUUGAUGGUGAGCCCAUUAACCCUGCGUAUCUCCGUAACCAUGCCCGCGAAGCUGUCAACUUUUUGGGUGGCUUGGUGUCGGCACAGCAGGCUGGAAUUAUUGACGAGAAGACCGUGUGGCUUGAAGUUGGCCCUCAUCCUGUUUGCGCGAACAUGGUCAAGGCUGCCUUUGGUGCUACCACUAUUGCUGUACCAUCACUCCGCCGCAACGAGGCCACUUACAAGACCCUCAGUGCCAGUCUCUGCACUCUCCACUCUGCUGGUAUGAACCUUGACUGGAACGAGUUUCACCGCGACUUUGAUGCUUCAGUCCGUCUGUUGGAUCUUCCAAGCUAUGCCUUCGACUUCAAGAACUACUGGCUUCAGUACUCUGGCGACUGGUGUCUCACCAAGAACAGAGGUGCUCUUCCCGCUCCUACCAAGGCAAUUGAGGCUCCUAAGCCCAAGUUGUCCACCACUACUGUCCAGAAGAUCACCAAGGAAGAAGUCAAGGGCAAUGUUGCAGUCAUCGAAACUGAGUCCGAAAUGACUCGUGAGGAUUUGCGAAAGGUUUGCUCAGGUCAUCUUGUCAACGGUACCGCUUUGACACCAUCUUCACUAUACGGCGAUAUGGCUAUCACGGCUUGUGAGUACGCUUACAAGCUCCUGCGUCCUGACACGGAGAACAUUGGCUGCAAUGUGAGCCACAUGGAGGUUCCCAAGACAUUGAUCUUCGACACCAAGGCCAAGAGCCAGAUCCUCCGCAUGUCAGUCAAGGCCGAUGCUGCUCAAGGCCACGCUGAUGUAGCCUGGACCACUGGCGAAGGUGCUCAGAAGACAGAGCAUGCCAAUUGCAAGGUCUACUUCGGAAACAACGAAGAAUGGCUCGGGGAGUUCGAGCGUGUCAGCUACCUCAUCAAGUCACGCGUGGAAGCCCUCAAGGCUGCUGAACAGCGGGGCGAUGCUUCCAAGAUUGGACGUGGCCUUGCGUACAAGCUCUUCGCCGCUCUCGUUGACUACGAUCGCCGGUAUCGUGGCAUGGAGUCUGUCAUUCUCGACAGUGAAACUUGCGAGGCAACUGCCAAGGUUAACUUCCAGACCAGCCCCGAGGAUGGUACCUUCCACACUGCUCCAUACUGGAUUGAUAGUGUCUGCCACAUCUCUGGCUUCAUUUUGAACGGUUCCGAUGCCAUCGACUCCCGUGAACAGGUCUUUAUCUCGCACGGUUGGGGCUCGAUGCGAUUUGCCGAGCGUCUAUCUGCGGACAAGACUUACCAGACCUACAUUCGCAUGCAAAACGUAAAGGGAAGCAAGAUGAUGUCUGGAGAUGCCUACAUCUUUGAUGGCGACAAACUCAUCGGUCUCGCGGGAGACGUUCGCUUCCAAGCCAUCCCGCGCAAGGUCCUCAACAUCGUCCUCCCUCCCCAGGGUGCCGCCGCCGCCGCUGCUCCAGCUCGUGCUGCUGCUCCUGCUGCCAAGCCGGCUGCAAAGGCUACCCCGAAGGAGAAGAAGCAAGUGACGUCGGCGAACCUUCCUGUCGUCAACAAGAAGCUCGCAAAGAACUCGGUUGUGACACAGGUCAUGGACAUUAUUGCCAAGGAGACGGGUGUUAGCCACGAUGAGCUGGCGGACAACAUCGCUUUCUCUGAUCUCGGUGUUGACUCGCUCAUGGGUCUCACCAUUAGCGGCCGCCUGCGUGAGGAGCUUGAGCUUAACAUUGACUCGCAUGCUUUCAACGACCAUGCUACUGUCGGUGCUUUCAAGACUUUCUUGGCACAAUUUGAAACUGCUGGCGCUGUUGGCGUUGAAGAGUCAACAGAUUCUAGUGGUUCUUCUGACACCGCUGAUAUGGAGUCGGAUUCUGAUGUCACUACUCCGCCUGAUGAGAGCGAGAAGGGUUCCGUCAAGGGUGAUGCUCCGGCUGAAGGUAAUGUGAGCGAGCUUCAGGAUAUUGUGCGCUCAACCAUCAGCGCCGAGAUGGGUGUUGAGGUUGAGGAAAUUAUCGCUGCUCCUGACUUGGCUGCACUUGGCAUGGACUCCCUCAUGAGCUUGUCGAUCCUCGGUAUUCUCCGUGAAAAGACUGGACUCAGCAUUCCUUCGGAUCUCCUGGGCCAUAACCCCUCGCUGAAGGACAUUGAGCGUGCCCUGGGUAUUGAAGAUAAGCCAAAGCGUGCCCCUGCUGCUCCGAAGCCAGCGGCAAAGCAGUCUAAGCCAGAACCCAAGACUCAGGCUGUCGCUAAGGUUGAGUCUGGAUUUGUCGAUAACUACCCUCACCGCAAGGCAACCUCUGUCCUUCUACAGGGAAACCACCGUACUGCUACCAAGCAGUUGUUCAUGAUUCCUGACGGCAGUGGCAGCGCUACAUCCUACACUGAGAUCACGGAAGUUGGCCCUGAUGUCGCGGUCUGGGGCUUAUUCUCGCCUUUCAUGAAGACUCCAGAGGAGUAUAAGUGCGGUGUCUAUGGCAUGGCCACCAAGUUCAUCACGGAAAUGAAGCGUCGCCAGCCCACUGGACCUUACGCUGUUGCAGGAUGGAGUGCUGGUGGUGUUAUCGCCUACGAGAUCGUGAAUCAGUUGACCAAGGCCAACGAGGAGGUUUCCAACCUGAUCAUCAUCGAUGCUCCUUGCCCCAUCACCAUCGAACCUCUCCCUGCUGGCCUCCAUGCUUGGUUCGCCUCAAUUGGGCUCCUUGGUGAGGGAGACUCUGCGGAGGCCAAGAAGAUUCCUGAGUGGCUCUUGCCACACUUUGCUGCUUCGGUCACUGCUUUGUCCAACUACACUGCUGAGCCCAUCCCCGCCGACAAGUGUCCCAAGGUCACCGUCAUCUGGUGCGAGGAUGGAGUGUGCCACCUUCCCACGGAUCCUCGUCCUGACCCUUACCCUACUGGCCACGCUCUUUUCCUUCUCGACAACCGAGAUGACUUUGGCCCUAACCGCUGGGACGAGUACCUUGAUGUCAACAAGAUGAGUUUCCACCACAUGCCUGGAAACCACUUCUCUAUGAUGCAUGGUGAUUAUGCCAAAAUGCUGGGUGGUUUCAUGAAGAGCGGCAUGUCUUCAUAA